AUGACUUCCUUUGUCUGUCGAACGCUGAAGUGCUUUCCACGCCAAGUGCUGAACUAUUCCACUCGCCAACUUCUGAGGCAUUCACCAGUUGUACUGUUUAAGAGACCGAAGAGCUCGGAAAGCAACUUAAGUCCGGCUGAAACAGCUGCAAGGACCAAUUGGAAAUGCAGGCAAGAUUUGGCUACAGCAUUUCGAGGCCUCGAUUUUUACGGCAUGGGAGAAGGUGUUUGCACUCAUUUAACGAUGAUUGCGCCAGCCUUGAAUGGAGACGGCGAUGUCAUGCUCAUGAUACCCCAUGGGCUUCACUGGAGUCAGGUCUGUAGCAAUCUUGUUCAUCUUUGUGAAAUGCUAGUUUGUGUUACAAGUGCUUUGAUAGUAUGAGACACUUGAAGACUGCAGACAUAAGGGAGUUUAUGCAGUGUUAUGGAACGACAGCGACAACAAUAACAAAGGUGGCGAAAACAAUAAAAAUGCUAACACUACAAAGAGUUAAGGCUGCUUUAAUAUAAUGAUGCCUGAGCUCCAUGGUAAUUAUUUUUAAUUAAUAAAUUAAAUGAAUUAAUAAUUAAUUAAUUAUUCUUAAGAAGGCUGAGGAAUGAGGGCAUAAUCCUAUUUUUAGCACCUUUCCGUUGUUUUCGAACUAACAGGUCAUUAUUCGAAUUAAUGACCAGCCAUCAACAAAAUCUGGAUCGCAUAAGAUUCUGGAUUGGAUCAGACUAGUAUUGAAUUGCUUAUGACAACAAGUCGUUGCUAUCGUACCUUUCUCACUUAUAUUCCCCACGGUUUCUUGAUCUCCUCUGAAAAGGAAACAUUCAAUUCCACUUCGCAAGAGAGAAGAGAUGGAACGAAAUAACACAAAAUUACUGCUUCAAGAUACUUCUCUCUCUGCCAUCUUUGAUACAGGUGAUGUCACAUGACCAUACAUGUUUUUGGUAUUUGUAAUCUUAUGAAGUUAUGCAACGUAAAAUUCCCCUUACGCAUAGCAGUUUAGUUUAAAAUAAUAAUAAUUAUUUGUGAUGAUUUUAGAGCCGUGAAUAGUGCCAAUAUACCACAAUACCUCCACAAUUUUGAAUAACCAUUGUUUUCAAUUUCUCUUGGGGAGACUGUAAUAGCCAGGAGAAAUUUGAAACAAUAGUUAUGCAAAAUUUUGGGGGGUAAACAAGGUGUAUUAUGGUUUAUGUGAAAAUAGUGAAGGGUGAGAAAGGAUCAUCAUGAGAAACAAUGUUGUUAAAUUUGUGUCACAGGCAGCUCGGAAGAAGAAAUCUGAGUCUCACCAACAGGAGUCGAACCUAUGUUCUACUAGUCAUAGGUUCGACUCUGUUGGGGGGAACUUGGAUUUUUUUCUUCUGAGCUGUGUCAUUUCUUGAAAAUAAUUCUUCUCCGCCAGAAGUAGAAAUGCCAGUCCCAUCUGAUCUGCAAUACAAUCUGAUCCAAGCGAUCCGAUUCGCAUUUUGUUAACGGCCAUGUAUAAUGACCUCCUUUUCCACCUCUGCAGUGACCCGCUCUUCCAUUUAUUGUUGGGGAGGCUAGGUUAUGAGGAUAUUACUAUUUGAGCUCAAUUUUGUGCUAAAGUCAUUACCUAAUGCCUUUACCAAUACACAAAUCUCCUUUAAAGAUAUGAAGAGGAUAUUUAAAAGCAAAUUUCAUCAGGGAGCACCAACUGUUACCUGUGUGGGGGGUUUCAGCAGCGUAGCAUUCUAUCGGCAAAAGGUGCAGAAGCGAUUUCAAAGUAUCUCCUCCCCAUUAUCCACACCACUUUGCAGCUCCUCUGCCAAAAUUUUGCUCUUGUAAACCAUCCCGCAGGCUACACAGGCUACUAGAAAAUUUCCAUGCUUUUCUAUUUGCGCAGGCCACCCCAUCCUCUUUGAUUGGCGUAAAUGACAGAGGUGAGCUGGUGGAAGGCCAAGGUGAAGUUCAAAUAGAGGCCACUGCUAUACACAAGGGUGUUCAUGAUGCAAGAAAAGAUGCUGUGUGCGUUUUUCAUCUUCAUGCUCCGUACACCACAGCUUUAGGUAUAAACUCUUAUGUCUUUUGAGAGAAAUACAGAAAAUAGCUGAUGACAAUAUAACAAGUCAGAACAGAUCCUGGAGAUUUUAUUUGUGCCUCGGACAAGUUGACAUUUAUCUUUUUGUUUAUUGUUAUAAAAAAAAUUAUUGGGUUUCCAAGUCACAAAAUGUGCAAAUUUUAUCCUAGAUGGGUUGUUGGACGAGUUGUCAUAGAAAUGAGAUAAACAAACUGAAGUAUGAGGGGACACAAGAGUUGGCCAUAAUGUUUUGGCAGCUUGAAUUGCAUUCUAUCAUGUUGUAAUCAUUACUUCAAAAAAAAUCUUCAAGGACUCACUUUACAAGUUUUUUAUUCUCUUUUAGAAAGUAGGUUUUCUUAUCCAUUGUGAGAACAUAUAGGGCAUUUUUCAUUUUAAUAACAGAUAAUUUUUGACUGAUUGGGUUCCUAGUGAAGCGGCAACACUCUGGUUCCUCGUGCAAAAGGUCUAGAGUUUUAGUCUUAAUUUCCCCCCUUAUUCUUCUCUUACUGUUUACAUUUCUUUUCAGUUUUACUAACUGUUAGUAUAGUGACUAUGAUAUAUAAUAUAACUAUUUAAUCAAACCAAAAUCAUCCACUAUUUUGGUUUUGUUUGAUCCCUAAACCCCUUGUAUUGUAGCCCGAGUUAAGAGCAUCUUGUUUAGGAGAGGGUUCCAGCUUUUUCUCCCUGUAAGAACUAUUUAAAGCUAGUGAUUUACAUCCUAUCUUGUCGUCAUCCAUGGAGAGUCCAAAGAAGUUCUACGCAAGAGGCUUUUUUGUCGUGUAAAGUUACAUUAAGUUGAUAACCCUUUUGUGCAGAUUUUGUCAAAAAAGAGAGGAGAGGAGGUCGGGACCCACCCACUUGGAUCUCACUCUACAUGUUAAUCGGUUGCUCAGUGCAGGCUAAACAGGCAAUACUUUGUGAACUUGUCUUUUGCUUGCAAAGAAAUAACAGGGUAGCCUUCAAGCAAGCGCUCCAUUUGAGAAUCGUUUGACGUUCAGGGAAACAGUGAGCAGUGAUAAGAUUGUUUGAAACAACGAUCCUUGUUUCAAUUGGUUUUCAGGAAUGUUGGAGGAAGAAGUUUUUGACAUGUACCAUCAGACUCACUGCCGUUUCUAUAAUGACUUUGCCUAUGAUUCAAACUUUGAAGGAGCAGCAAAAGACUGUUCAGAGGGUGAAUCUGCUUUGGGGGCUGAAACAAGUUCUCGGUACCAAUCUGAUCCCCCUGAGAACCAAAUUUGACACACAGACGAAGCGGGUGCCAGCUUAGCCUGUUAUCAAUCAACUUUGAUUUCCGGAACGUCAUUUUCCAGCCAAUGGUAUUUCCCUUCGUCUGGGCGAAGUACAAAUGAAAAUUUGUAAGGGAUGGUUGCAAGCUCUCCUUUCGCCGGCCCCUCGCGGCUUCGCCGCUCGCUCGCGCGUUCUCGCGACACUCACUUCACUCGCCCCAAUAGGAGAGCUUGCUCGCAGGCUAGACACAUCUGGACUAGUCAUAGGUCUGACUCUGUUGGGGGGCAAGUCGUUUCUUGAAAUAAUUCUUCUGCCCCAAAAGUAGAAAUGCCAGUCCCAUCUGAUCUACAAUAUGAUCUGAUCCAAGCAAUCCAAUGCGCGUUUUGUUAACGGCCAUGUAUAAUGACCUCCUGUUCCACCUCUGCAGUGACCCACUCUUCCAUUUAUUGUUAGGGAGGCUAGGUUAUGAGGAUAUUACUGUUUAAGCUUAAUUUUGUGCUAAAGUCAUUACUGCCUUUUCCAAUACGCAAAUCUCCUUUAGAUUAUGAAGAAGAUAUCAAAAACAAAUUUCAUCAGGGAGCACCAACUAUGUUACCUGUGUGGGGGGUUUUAGCAGCGUAGCAUUCUCUUGGCAAAAGGUGCGAGAAGUGAUUUCAAAGUAUCUCCUCCCCAUUAUCCACACAACUUUGCAGCUCCUCUGCCAAAACUUUGCUCAUGUUAACCAUACCGCUGGCUACACAGGCUACUAUAAAAUUUCCAUGCUUUUCUAUUUGCACAGGCCACCCCAUCCUCUUUGAUUGGCGUAAAUGACAGAGGUGAGCUGGUGGAAGGCCAAGGUGAAGUUCAAAUAGAGGCCACUGCUAUACACAAGGGUGUUCAUGAUGCACGAAAAGAUGCUGUGUGCGUUUUUCAUCUUCAUGCUCCAUACACCACAGCUUUAGGUAGAAACUCUUAUGUCUUUUGAGAGAAAUACAGAAAAUAGCUGAUGACAGUAUAUAACAAGUCAGGGUUUCCAAGUCAUAAAAUGUGCAAAUGUAUCCUAGAUGGAUGGAUUGUUGGACGAGUUGUCAUAGAAAUGGGAUAAACAAACUGAAGUAUGAGAGGACACAAGAGUUGGCCAUAAUGUUUUGGCAGCUUGAAUUGCAUUCUAUCGUGUUGUAAUCAUUACUUCAAAAAAAAUCUUCUAGGACUCACUUUACAAGUUUUUUAUUCUCUUUUAGAAAGUAGGUUUUGUUAUCCAUUGUGAGAACAUAUAGGGCAUUUUUCAUUUUAACAGAUAAUUUUCGACUGACUGGGUUCCUAGUGAAGCGGCAACACUGACUGGUUCUUUGAGCAAAAGGUCUAGAGUUUUAGUCCUAAGUUUUCCCCCUUAUUCUUCUCUCACUGUUUACAUUUCUUUACUAACUGUUAGUAUUAUGACUGUGAUAUAUAACAUAACUAUUUAAUCAAGCCAAAAUCAUCCACUAUUUUGGUUUUGUUUGAUCCCUAAACUCCUUCCAUUGUAGCCCGAGUUAAGAGCAUCUUGUUUAGGAGAGGGUUUCAGCUUUUUCUCACUGUAAGAACUAUUUAAAGCUAGUGAUUUACAUCCUAUCUUGUCGUCAUCCAUGGAGAGUCCAAAGGAGUUCUACGUAAGAGGCUUUUUUGUCGUGUACAGUUACAUUAAGUAGAUAAUUUUUUUGUGCAUAUUUUGUCAAAAAGAGAGGAGAGGAGGUCGGGACCCACCCACUUGGAUCUGACUCUACAUGUUAAUCGGUUGCUCAGUUCAGGCUAAACAGGCAAUACUAUGUGAACUUGUUUUUUGCUUGCAAAGAAAUAACAGGGUAACCUUUAAGCAAGCGCUCCAUUUGAGAACUGUGUGAAGUUCAGGGCAACGGUGAACAGUGAUAAGAUUGUUUGAAACAACGAUCCUUGUUUCAAUUGGUUUUCAGGAAUGUUGGAAGAAGAAGUUUUUGACAUGUACCAUCAGACUCACUGCCGUUUCUAUAAUGACUUUGCCUAUGAUUCAAACUUUGAAGGAGCAGCAAAAGACUGUUCAGAGGGUGACCGUUUGGCGAAGCUGAUUGGAGACAAAUCUGUCCUGUUUAUGGCCAACCAUGGAGUACUGUUUACUGGUUCCACUGUGGCUGUUACAUUUGACAACGCGUACUUCAUGGAGAGAGCUUGUAUGCUGCAGGUAAUGCCAAGUUAACAUACGUUUGCUUACAGCGUGGUGGUGUUUAAUGAGGAGAAAGGCGGGGAGGAGGGGGAAGAGAUUUAGGCGGAGGGCGGCACGCGAAGAAGGGAGAAGGAAGGAAGAAAGAUUCCCUUCCACCUUUCUUUCGCACUCAUCCCAUUCUCGCACUCUUAUAUUCCCCCGUUACAAAGCCUGCCACUCCAUGCCGUAAGUUAAAAAGCAUUUUUUCUCUUUGAAAAGGCAGUGAUUAUAACUUAUCACACAAAAGACAUGCCCAUCCAAAAAUUCAUCUCCCGAAAAACAUAAAUGUCAUCUUUGUAUACUUUUAUUUCGCAGAUGAUUGCAAUGCAAACUGGAAAGAAACUUCGCAAGUUACCAGAUGAUGUCAGCAAGUUGACUCACAAGCAAACCAAGGAUGAAUUAAAUUACUAUGCUAACGCUCACUUUGAGGGAGUUAAGGCUGUCUUACUGGAAAAAGAUCCCGAAUUUUUGAUUAAGUAGAUAGUAGAUUAGUUUUUCAGGGAUCGUUAUAGCAUUCUCCCAAACGUAGUAAUUAAGAAGAAAAAAGAUGAAUAGGAGUAGUCCCUUAUUUUUCCUUAUUAUGGAAACACGUGAGCCCGGCCGGGUAAAAAUCACCUCACUCGAGCAAGGUGAGACGCGGUAGGGAGAGAGAACAUUUUUCUCCUUCUCUGCAGCUUAUUUUGCCGUGAAGUAAAUUGUCUGAGGAUAAAUAAGCGCAUGAAAAUUAUGCUUUGGCAUACAAAACGUGUGACUCGCAUUGAGUAGUCCAGCUGAAUAUUUAUAAAGAGAUGCUGUCAGUGUGGAUACAAAGCUGCUUGUCAAGGUCUUUUGGAACAAAACAAUGUCAUUAUGGCACUUGCUAAUGUAAGGGUUUAAUGUUGCUGGUACAAGCGUUAGCCAUUAGUGCUUGCUUAUGUAUUAUCACGUUUCACCCUACGUUAAAUAAACGGUGAUUUACUUGUAAUCAAGAAUCUUCAAAUCUCCAUCUCAGAAAAUCAUUCGAGGGGAACAAAGUUAGCUUGUUUC